ACCAGUAUGCGGGCAGGCUUAGCUAAUGAUCUCACUGGAUAUGUCAAACCAUCAACAACAAUUUCCUUAAAAAACCACCUUCCAGAGCCAACAACCCCCCACUGUUGAACUUGAGAAGUUUUGCGAAGGUCUUCCUCGAGAAUCCAUGGCUUGGUCAGCCGGACGGCUACUGGAGUAUCCGUUCCGAGACUUAUACUAGUAAUGGGAAUAUGGCUUUCCGGCAGCGCCGUGCAGCCUCCUGACUGGCCUAUAUCAUGGCGGUCCCCUUUUACUCACAUUUCCAUAAUCCAGAUUGACUGACAAAAAUUUACUCAGCCCAGCACUGUUCAUUCCGGGAAUUCAAACUGUCUGGAAAUGGCGGAGGCGAACCAGGACGAGGAGGGAUGUCUCCCUGUCUCUCGAGUGCGCCGGUCAAGCAUAAUCGCGACAUUCGGAGAAUUAGACGCUUUAUCCGGAAUUGAGACUCUCUCAUCACAGGAUAUGGAUCAUUCACUCCAAACGUCUUACGAGAGGCAGCGAGUGUCGACAACGAAUCAGUCCCUCGACGGUGACCCCCAUCUCUCUGAAAAGGCCGUGGCUCAUCAUCUCGAGAAAAUAGGAGACGAGAACCCCCCGCUUGAAAAGACCGUCCUGUACCUUGCUUACGGUUCGAAUUUAUACUCGGAGACAUUCCUAGGGAGGCGGGGCAUCAAGCCACUUUCUCGGAUCAACGUGGUCGUCCCAGACUUGCAACUUACGUUCGAUAUUCCGGGCGUGCCCUACACGGAACCCUGCUUCGCAGCAACUAAGUUUCGCAAUCCUGCAGGCGGGAAAGAUAAUGCAGACAAGGUUGAAGACAGUGGAUGGAACGGACAGGCCGCCUCGGAGUGCUCGCGUCUCAUACCCGGGGAAACCUCGGGCUACACCUCCAACAUACCGCUUGUUGGCGUUGUAUAUGAGGUCACUCUCGCCGAUUACGCCUGGAUAAUAGCGACGGAAGGUGGCGGACGUGGAUACAAAGAUCGAGUCGUUGACUGCUACCCGUUCCCCGAGUCCUAUAACUCCGCGGAUCCGAUUCCUGAGCGUCCAAAUACAAACCCCUUCAAAGCCCACACACUGCUGUCUCCCUUCGAAGAAUCUUCCACGGGUACAAGUAUAACUACAUCUAUCCCGUGCUUCAGCCCUCCGGUACGCCUCAACGCCCAGCCAUCUGUUCGCUAUCUCAACUUGAUCGAGAUGGGCGCCGCCGAACAUGAUCUUCCUAUCGCCUAUCGAACGCAUCUCUCUAUGAUACAACCGUACAAGAUCACUUCCCUGCGUCAACGUAUUGGAAAGGUGGUAUUUCUGGGAUUUUGGGGGCCAUCGCUGCUUCUUGUCCUUCGACUCUCGAGAAGCCUUGCGGGCACAGAUGGUCGCAGUCCCGGAUGGCUUAUGAGUUUUGGAGAUUUUGUAUUCUCUGGGAUGUGGCAGUCCUAUGACAAGAUAUUUUCAAGGAUCUUCAGUGACGGUGAGAGGACAGUCGAUCAUGAUAGCACCUGAUAACGGCAUCUCAGCCUCGGCGAACUACGCCAGAUCCACUGGCGAAUCGAUCAAAAGCGAGUCAACGCAUGAUACGAAUAGAUAGUAGUGACAUAUAUGUAUAUAUAUAUAUUCAAGAGCUCUAGCAAUCCACUCAACUUUCCGCGCUGGGAGGUCGAAUAUUUAUACGAAAGCCCACAAUC